GUUUAAGUGUUGCUGCACAGGAAGUAGCUACGCAGACUGGGUGGUUGCACAGACAUGGACGUCUGUCAUCAUUUCAUUCUCCUCUUUCUUUUGGCUGGGUUGUGCUCACUUGAGGCAAAGCCGCUACUAAUUCCUGGAAAAGCACAAAAUAUCAGCAAAAAUGACGCAGAAGUUAAAAAGGCUAUCUUAACUGCAACCUACUCCUUUAACAACGAGUCCAACGAUGCAUUUUUUUUCAAGAAAUCAGCUGUCAAUGAAGCACAAAAACAGGUUGUUAAAGGAGUAAAGUACAUCCUGAAAAUGGAAAUUUCUCGAACUGUCUGCAAGAAGAGAGAGAUCAAUGUUGACUUGGAUGACUGUGCCUUCCAGACAAACCACAGGCUACAACAGACUUUCCACUGUAAUUUUGAGGUGUGGGCAAUUCCAUGGUUGAAGAUAAUGAAAACCACAUUCUUCAUCUGUAAUCCUUUAAACAAGUAAUAUCCCAUGUUUACCAGAAUGUUUUUUUUUUCUUUCAACAAUACAAGCAACAAGAAUCUGCAUUGGCAUAGUAUGAGCUGCCACAAAAUAAAACAUCGAACUGGUA